AUGAAGGAUCCGCAGCUCCCAGCCAUUAAAAUAAGACUAUGGGCAAAACGCAAAGAGAGCAAAAAGUCCAAGUGUGAGGCUCCCCCUGUGGACAAGGUAGCCAAGCCCUUGUUACCUCCAGGAUACAUCAUCCCUGAGUUGAGCCAAGCAGAGAAGAUGAGCGGGUCUCCAUUUGAGAGGGUUCUCUACAACAUGACCCACAACGAAAGGGUUGUCAAUGACCUGAUGCUGGGCCGGCAGAUCGGCUUCUAUGAGCUACGGGGGGAGAUAGGGGAGGGCAACUUCUCGCACGUCAGGCUGGGUGUCCACGUCUUGACCAAAGAGAGAGUAGCUGUAAAGAUCAUGGACAAACUACGCCUGGACAAGAAAAGCCAGUCCUUGUUUUCCACAGAGAUCAACUGCAUGGAGAAGCUUUGCCAUCCCAAUGUGGUGCGGCUGUACGAAGUAAUGGAGACCAGCAAGAAACUGUACUUGGUGAUGGAGUAUGGCAGCGGUGGAGACCUGUUUUCCCGUGUCACCACUAGGGGGAAGUUUACCGAUCUGGAAAGUAAACUGAUUUUCUCCCAGGUCAUCUCAGCCAUUAAGCACAUGCAUGACAACAACAUCAUCCACCGAGACCUAAAGGCAGAGAACGUGUUUUACACCACCAGCUACUGCAUCAAGGUGGGUGACUUUGGGUUCAGCACUGAAAGUGGCCCCAACGAGUUCCUCACCACUUUCUGUGGCUCGCCGCCCUAUGCUGCCCCUGAACUCUUCAAAGAUAAAGGCUAUAUUGGCCGAUACUCUGACAUCUGGGCAAUGGGCAUACUGCUGUACUUCAUGGUGACAGCCAACAUGCCGUUCCAUGGGGACAACCUUGGGAGGCUGAAGCGCUGCAUCCUCCAGGGAGCUUACAGUAUCCCUGCCUAUGUGUCCGAGCAGUGUCAGGAGGUCAUUAAGGGCAUACUGUGUCCCAUGCCGGCCAAUCGCUCCUCUCUUACCCAGAUCACCAGCAGCAAGUGGCUGAAGGGGAUUGAGUACCCUCGGCCGUAUGCCCCCUUGCCCCUGUGCCCGGCACAUUUGGCUCAGGUUUCCCAGGCUCUGUGCAUGGAGGAACAGGAAGUGAAGAAUUCUUUGUCUGAACUGGGCAUGUUGGCAGUCCAUUUUCAGAACAAUCCUUGUACAGACUCUAGGAGCCCUCUGACAGGGACCUACAGGAUCCUCCUCCACAAGGUCCAGAAGCGAAGAUCAGUGGAGGCAAUGGGUUACUCUGAGCCUUACCCAAAUGAGUACAGGCCCCAGAGGAACUGGUUUCAGGCAGCUGUAGAGAAACACAACCCGUCUGCUGUGUGUAUUAUACUAUAG